UUGCAUCACUCUAUGGCCCUCACAGAGGCUCAGAAGGCCUCACAGAAGCAGCUUAGAAGCAUUGACGGAUUUGUGAGCACUCUGAAACCCUAUCGGAUCUCUCUCUCUCAGCUGUUCUUCACUUGGAACUACAGAGUAGUGCACAGAGGAUGAGUAAGACUGGAGGAAAUAAUCGCCAAGGGAAUGAAUGGUUAGGAGGUGUGCAAGAAUCAAUGCAAGCAAAAUUGUAGAAAUGUUGGAUGUGAUAAUAAAGUUUUUCCUUACAUCCAUGGCAAUGUGGAUUGCUCCAUUGGCAAUAUUAUAUGGUUGUAACCAUCAUAUUCUUCCAGGUGUAAAUCAGUUGUCCCCUUCUUCUCAAACAUUACUGAGUGGGUUUCUUGCUGUCAUAUCAGUGAAUUUGAUCAUUGGGUAUUACAUCUUCAUGGCACUGAAAGAGCCUGCAAAUAGCACACACCAACCGGAUCCAACAUUUGUAUCACAAGCAAAGGCUAGCAUUAGUCAAUCGGUUGCAGGGGGGAGUGAUAAUGGUCAGGCCAGCCUAAAAGAAGAUUAAGUGGAGCAUCAAGCCAAUUUGAGAGGGAGAUUGGAGUUUUACUUUUGGAGAGAUAAUAUCAUCACAAUUAAGUUGAUAACCAUGAGAUCGAGAGAGAGAGAGAGAGAGAGAGAGAGAGAGAGAGAGAGAGAGUCUCUA